GCGACGCGGCAGGCAUCUAGUAAAGGAGGCAUUCGCCUGGGUGAGGCCGUCGAGGCCGUCCGUCUCUAUCGCCACCAUGCCCGAACGCGGUUGUCGGGCUCUCCACCGAGUGUGCGACUCGGUGAGCGGCGUGAAUUGGCGCCCGACGCGCUUCGUUGACGAGUUGACGUUGAAUCUUUACGCCUGCUGCGUCUGCCAAAUGAUUCCGAGCACGACGGUCCUGCUGCCCUGUUCACACGCUCUGUGCGAGCAGUGCCGGGCAGGCUCUGUCGACAAAGUUGGCGGAAGCGUCUGCCCCCUGGAUGGAGAACCCUUCCGCGUAGACGAGUGCCAGAAGUUGCAGCUUCCGGAGAGGAAGAAGCAGAAGUUGAAGGCCCACUGCUGGAACGAAGUCCACGGCUGCGAUUUCGUCGGCCCCCUGGCGGCGCUCCUGGGACACUUCGAGGCAGAUUGCGCCUUCCACACUUCUCCGUGUCAACGUUGCGGCGAGAACGUUCCCAACGCUAAGCUGGCCGCCCACUACAUUGGCGGGUGUAGUACUAACAACUUAUCAUCUGCGACGCUCGUUGAGUCCUCGACACGAGGUGAAGCCGCCACCUCCUCCUCCGCUACCGGUGACGUCACUGCGAGUGCGCAAGGGAUCGACGGCAAAACAGGGAACCGCUACGAAGACGACAUCCCGGCGCUACAGAGCCAAGUGAACGAACUCGCGGAGGCUGCAACAACCCAAGGCGCCCAGCUGCGAGCGUUAAACGCCACGCUAGCGCUCCAGAUUCUGAACGCCAGCGUGGUUGCGGCCGCCGCAAAAUUCACGGACGCUAUCGGCGAGGCCUCGCAGCUGCAUCAACGCACACUCGCUCCGAGAGAGGAGGAAAGUUCUCGGGCACAUGAUGCUGGGGCGAUUGCAAGCGCAAGCUAUUCGGGCGCAAGGCCGCCAAGGCGGAAGGAGGCGACGGUCAUCCUUCAAAAUUUAGUAUUCCUCGCUGCCCAGUCUCUGUGGUGCCUCGAACGCCUACUCAAGGUACACAAAAACCCACAGUACCUACCCAAAGCUCGAUCGUCUGUGCUGUCGCAAAGCAGAGAGAAGCAGGCGUCUUCCCGGGAGAACACCUGCACGCUUCGUUCCGCGAACACUAACGAAAUCGUUUAUCUCGUGGUUAUAUCGGGCUUCUACGAACUGCUACACUACUACUACGACCGUACCGUAGCGUGUCGGUUGUGUCAUGGAAACGCGUGGUGCACAGUGACUUACGGUAUAUUUAGUGUAACCGAGGGUGGACAAAAAUGGGGGCUGAGAUUAGACUGGGAGAAUAGCUGUGCAGAGAGCAGCUACUUGCCGCACGUCGUUAACGUAUCGGAAACCAGCGUGCCGUCUGUUCCUUACUGCUUGAAACGAGAAGAUGCCGAAUGCGACGCGCGGAGGCAAGUGUUCUAUUACCAUUACUCCGUGAAAAAAGUACUUGACGGGAAGCUGAGAUUUCAAAUCGUCAUACAAGACUGCAAGUGACGUAGCUUGGCUCGUCCCGUGACGCGUCGGCACUUAUCCCGCAGUCCAGUCUUGCCGUGUGGGGCUACAAACCAACUCUUGUAUCCUGCUGGAUGUUGGACAAUAUACUGAUGUUUUAUUUAUUCCGAGAGAGAUAUAGAUAAUUGGUUCUUGUUGGUCUAUUAUUGAAGAAUGCUUUCAUUUUCACGAAACUACGCCGUUAUAGCGGCAAUCUGUGACCUUUUUUUCGGUUUUUUCAGAUAUUGCAAAUAAACUUCCAGAUUCUCCUUUUACUCAUCCAGUACGAAACGCCGGGGGAGUUGAGCCUGUCAUUUCUCUUGCAGCGAACCUGUUAAAGCAGUACCAGCACAAAAAGUUUGGAUUUAGUCCUUUCUCUUGUAGUAAGUAGCUAAUGUCUAACUGUUUUUUUUUUUAGCUAAUGUGUUUUUUAUAUGUAACUUGGGUUCCGUGUCUAUAUUCAUUUUGCCACUCUACUAAUUUUGAUGUUCCAUAAUUUUUAAUGUGCGUUCAUGCCUGUGUGUUCAUCUGCGUGGUUCCGCUGCCUGUCGGGCUCUGCCACUGAAGCCUGAUGAGGCUUUGGCAGGCCGGAUGUUUGUACAUUUUUUCAAUACUUGGCGCAAUAAAGUAUUAUUAUUAUUA